AUGAAGGUCAUCGUUGUAGUUUUGGUUGCUCUCAUCCUGGCUUUUGCUUCAGCUCGUCCUCAGGUCGAACACGGUUCAAUUUAUGCGCCCAGUGGGCGAUUCGCCAAGACUGACAAUUGGGCAGCUCCACCUGUGGACCUCAGUCUACCCAUUAUAUUCCUGCCAGAGGCAACGCCCAUUAGGGAAACGCCACAGGAACCAAUGCUCACAUCGCGUCCGCGUCCCUUAAAAAAGAAUUGAAUUAUCUGUAGCAUUAUAAAGUAAUUAUAUUAUAUUAUUUAGUCUAAAUGACAUACUAAAAAAUGAUUUAUAUUGUUAUUAUAAAAUUA